AUGGAAGACUUCAGCAAACUCUCCAGUAAAACGGUCACUGAAGUAUUGAUGUUGGAGUUGAAAAUGUCUCCUGCAGCCAAAACGUUUUUGGUAUCGGGAUUCCCAAGAAAUAUGCGCGAUGUAGUAGAAUACACAAAUAAGAUCAAAGUCGUAAAUGGAGUUAUUCUGAUAUCGUGGAAUCAAAACGUGCUAGAACGCCAAAUCGAUUACGGUGCAAAGUUGGGGCAUGUCGUCCUGAGUCUGGCCAGGAUGGAGUUGAACAACUUCUACAAAAACGUUACUCCGGUGUCAGACUUUUACGACCAGAGAGGAAUGCUCAUUUCGGUGAAUGGCGAACGGAGUCCGACGGAAGUGUAUAACGACUUCCGGUCCUCGGUACUGCAAAUAUUGAGCGCCCACAAGAGUCCGGCGCCGGUAGCAGUGGCCAACGGUACCGUGCCCGUGGACAACCCGGGUGCCGGACAACCGGAAGUAGACGUCGAACGACCGAGCAGCCACCGCACCAUCGAUCUCGUGUCGGAACCACGGGCCACGGACCUCGUCUCGGAACCAGAAACGUUUCCGAGAACCAUUUGCGUUGUGGGUGGCCCCGGCAGCAACAAGAGUUCAUUGUGCCAAAAAGUGCUCAGGGCCAACGCCGGCUGGGGGCACGUUAGCGUUGGACCUUUAAUGAGGUCACUGGCGUCGUCCUUAGAUCCGCUACAAGAGACGAUCAGCAGUGGACAUAUCCUCGAAGAGUCGAUCGUUCAUGAAAUAUUAGAUAAAGAGUUACUCAAGUAUAAAAAUGCAGAGGGUAUCGUGAUCGAUGGUUAUCCAAGAAAUAUUGGACAGCUCAACUAUUUUGAAAAAAAGUAUGCUCAACGACCGAAGUUGAUACUAUUGGAUUGCUCAAAGUUGCAGUUAGGUCGCGGAAGGCUAGACGACAGCGUGUCGGCGUUUCGCCGGCGUCUGCAGAGUUUCCGCGAACAAACUCUACCGAUGCUCAAGGCACUGGAUAAAGACAACCGCUUAGCAGUAGUGGACGGUAACACCGACGACAAGCGAGUACAAGAUACGUUCAUCGGCACGCUGGUGGAGACGAUGAAGGGCGAGAACUUUCCAGUUUUCCACCGGGACGACGAUGAACACGGUGUCGACGUCGACACCGAUAUCCGCCAAGUCAACCCGGAAAAGCGAACCACGGCUGCAGGACACGCGGUUUCUGGGCCGGCGGUUCCACGUCAAAACGGUCAUUUACCUAACGAGACCAACGAAGACCACAAAAAUCGGGGACAGAAUUUGCGUUACGAUGUGAGGAACAUGUACGCUCAAAUAGGAUCUUAUGCAAACGACCCCACGCUGUAA